AUGCUGGGCAAGGACUACAUGCUGGCCAUAAUUCUGGUCAACUGCGACGAUGACUUGUGGGGGGACCAGAGUCUGGAGGGAGAGCCCGGCCUGCCCCCUGGCUGGAGAAAGAUUCACGAUGCUGCAGGUACUUACUAUUGGCACGUACCAAGCGGCAGCACCCAGUGGCAGCGCCCAACCUGGGAGCCAGGCGAUGCAGAGGACCCAGGCACGAGCUCGGAAGGGAUUUGGGGACUUCGGCCGCCCAAGGGGAGAUCCUUCUCCAGCCUGGAGAGCUCACUGGACCGGAGCAACUCUCUGUCCUGGUAUGGUGAGGAAUCCUACAUCCAGAGCAUGGAACCAGGGGCUAAGUGCUUUGCAGUCCGCUCUCUGGGCUGGGUAGAGGUACCCGAAGAGGACCUGGUGCCAGGGAAGAGCAGUAUUGCAGUCAGUAACUGCAUCCAGCAGCUGGCCCAGACCCGCAGCCGGAGCCAGCCCCCAGCCGGUGCCUGGGGCGAGGGCCAGAACAUGCUAAUGAUCCUGAAGAAGGAUGCCAUGAGCCUGGUGAAUCCCCUGGACCACAGCCUGAUCCACUGCCAGCCCCUGGUGCACAUCCGUGUGUGGGGUGUGGGCAGCUCCAAGGGCCGGGACUUCGCUUUUGUGGCGGGCGACAAAGACAGCUGUAUGCUCAAGUGCCACGUGUUUCGCUGUGAUGUCCCUGCCAAGGCCAUUGCCAGUGCCCUACAUGGGCUCUGUGCUCAGAUCUUGUCAGAGCGAGUAGGGGUCAGUGGUGAUUCCCCUUGCUGCUCGCUAGACACCAUCUCCCCUGAAGAUCUGCCGAGGCAAGCGGAGCUGCUGGAUGCGGUGAGCCAAGCUGCUCAGAAGUACCAGGCACUGUAUAUGGGGACCCUGCCGGUCACCAAAGCCAUGGGAAUGGAUGUGCUGAACGAGGCCAUUGGCGUCCUCACCACCCGCGGGGACCGGGACGCCUGGGUCCUCGCCACGCUCAGUGUGUCUGACUCCCUCAUGACUGCACAUCCUGUUCAGGCGGAGGCUGAUGCGGAGGAGGAGCCGCUAUGGCAGUGCCCAGUGCGCCUCGUGACCUUUAUUGGUGUCGGCCGCGACCCACACACUUUUGGCCUCAUUGCUGACCUGGGCCGUCAGAGCUUCCAGUGCGCGGCCUUCUGGUGCCAGCCCCAUGCGGGGGGACUCUCCGAAGCUGUGCAGGCUGCUUGCAUGGUUCAGUACCAGAAGUGUCUUGUGGCUUCUGCAUCUCGAGGCAAGGUCUGGAGUGCCCAGGCCCGUGCCCGCCUGCGACUCAAGCGGACCAGCUCUGUGGACUCCCCAGGAGGUCCCCUGCCUCUCCCCCUACUCAAAGGAGGGGCUGGAGGUGCAGGGGCUGCCCCUCGAAAGCGGGGCAUCUUCUCUUUUCUCGAUGCCUUUCGACUGAAACCCUCUCUGCUCCACAUGUCCUAA